AUGGAAGUCUCCUUUCCGCCACGGGCUAUACUGGGAUGCUUUCUGGGAAGCCUCAGGUGCUGCGCAAACUGGAGCCCUGAGGGCUUCAGCAAGUUCAUGCACUUCUGCUUCUUCCCCAUGCAGAACUGCGUCCAAGGAUGCGUGUCCCUGCGCCGGCCCUUGGUGCGGCAGAAGGUUCAAAUCUCGCAGAUUUCCGAGGCAGCUGAGUGGAUCAUGCUGGACCAAAGCCCCUGCGAUCCAGGCAAAGUGAUCCUGUAUCUUCCAGGGGGUGGCUUCGUGGCCCGAGACCACACAGCGUCCGUCUUCGCGGCGCGCCUCUUGCCGCGCUUGGCGAGUCAGAUGGCGUGCGUGCCACCCAUCUUAGUGCUCAACUACAAGCUGCCGGCACAUCCUGAGCAGGUGAAGGAGGAACUGGAGGCAACCUUGCGGUGGCUGCGUGCACAAGGCUACACCGAGGUCGUCAUAGCAGGAGAUUCGGCGGGUGGCUAUUUGGCGGUGCAGACCUAUUUGGAGCAAAGUAGCAGCCAGAUCUGUGGUGCUGUUGGUAUUUGCCCACCGUUAGAUCUCAGCUUCACCGCUGAUUCCCACCACCGGAACGCGAAGAGCUGCUUCCUGACAGAGCGCUUCAUGCGCUAUGCGCGUGACAGCUAUCUUCAGAUUGAGUCGAAGGACGGUCCCAUUGCAGAAGCCACCGCCAGGAUGUACUCGCUCCAGCCUUCGAGCGAUCCAAAGUUGGUCGCCAAGCUCAAGGAGCGCCCGCUGAUGCUGGUGGCCUGUGAACAGGAUCCCCUCUACGACGACAACGCCGCCUUUGCGCAGCAAGCCGCCAAGGUGGGUGCGGCAGAGGGAGUCCUCCUUUGCGACGUGCGAGGCGAGGCGACGUUUCACAUCUCCUUGUUGAUGCCUGGCAUGGAGAACGAGCCGCACAGGAGAGCCAUGAAUCAGAUUGCCAGCUACAUUGGCAAAGCGCUCCGGUGA